GGCAGAGACAGGGCACUGGUUUCCCUCUACCACAGUUCCUGACCCAGCAGAGAACAAACCGCGGAGCAAGUUCAGCCCAAUAACGAUGGUGAAAAGGCUCCUUCUGCUCACAGUGUGAAUAACAGGAUAUCCUCAGACCAUCUUGAAAAGGAGGAAAAGAUGACUAUGAUGGCUCACCAGUACCCCUCUUGGAUCUUCAUUAAUGAGAAGACAUUCAUAACCAGGGAACAACUUAAUUCUUUAUUGAAGACUUAUAACAUUUUUUAUGAGAACCAGAAAAAUCUGCAUAUUUUAUAUGGAGAGACUGAAGAUGGCAAACUAAUUGUUGAAGGAAUGCUGGACAUUUUCUGGGGAGUAAAACGACCUAUACAGCUAAAAAUACAAGAUGAGAAGCCAUUCUCUUCUUUUACUAGUAUGAAGUCAUCAGACGUCUUCUCCAGCAAAGGAAUGACACGCUGGGGGGAAUUUGACGAUCUCUAUCGUAUUAGUGAGCUGGACAGGACCCAGAUUCCUAUGUCUGAAACAAGGAAUUCCCAGGAAGACUAUUUAUCUUAUCACAGCAACACCCUGAAGCCACAUGCAGAGGAUGAAUCAGACUCCCCAGUGCUCUAUAGAACCAUGAGUGAAGCAGCCCUGGUGAGAAAAAGGAUGAAGCCUCUGAUGAUGGACAGAAAAGAAAGACAGAAAAAUAGAGCCUCUAUUAAUGGACACUUCUAUAACCAUGAAAUUGAAAAUAGUCCCCAGGAUUUUGCUCUUCACAUUAUUUUUGCAACAGGAGAACAAAGACGAUUAAAGAAGACAGACAUUCCACUACUGCAGAGGCUCCUACAGGGACCUUCUGAAAAGAAUGCUCGCAUUUUCCUCAUGGAUAAGGAUGCAGAAGAAAUUAGCAGUGAUGUGGCUCAGUACAUUAACUUUCACUUUUCUCUCUUGGAAUCCAUUCUUCAAAGAUUAAAUGAAGAAGAGAAAAAAGAGAUUCAAAGAAUAGUAACAAAAUUCAAGAAAGAAAAGGCAAUUAUACUGAAAUGUCUUCAAAAUAAACUAGUAAUAAAAACAGAGACAACAGUUUAGCAGUACAGGCUGCUAUUGCUAAAACAUUUCAAAAAACUUAGAGAUAUUACUAUUUGAUGAAUGCAUAAGUUCUGUACUUGCAUUUAUACAAAUAUAUAUGAGACUUGAAUCGUAGAAAAUUGAAUGUCAAAAAAGCUCAUUUCUUUUUGAAGUGAUGAGGUUAACUAGGGUUCACAGUUGGACAAAAUGAGCUUGAGUUUAGUUUCAGUAACUGAAAUAAGCUUGAAUACUGCAUAUGCCAAAUAGCUUUUACAGUAAAACAUGUAAUGAACUCAAAUUUAAAUGGUGUCUUCAGAUAAGCAGUUUAAACUUCAUUUAGCUUGGACUCUCAAGAGAACUGAAACAUAAUCAAUGGAUUCAGAAAUGACUCAGAAAAAAGAAGCUGCCGGUUGUGGAAUGAAAGAGAAAUACAGUCUUACACCAUCAAGGAAUCUACCUGAUAGUGACAGUAGCUUCUUGAAAACUCUGGCAUUUUCAUAAAAUCUAGGACUAUCUUAAAUGGCCUGUUGACUUCUGACUAUCUGUGACAUCAGAGCUGUCUGGCCUUUGGAAAGGAAAAGAUUAUGGACUCUGUUAAGAAAUCCUAAUUGAAAUUUUCUGAACCUCCCCCCAGCCCUUUUAUUCUUUCUCUCUUCUACUGAUGAAAGAUCUUUCAUCAGUUCAAAGCUUUUCUUAAGCCCUUUUUUAAGUUAAUUGCACUUUUUCUUUAUUUAUUUUUCAAAAAAUGGUUAUAUCACAUAGACAUAUUACAUCAGCUAAAGCAAGACUUGGCCCACAAAUACCUAUUUGUUGCUGAAUGAAUACAAUGGAUAAAACAUGACUAUUGUAGCUGAAGUUAGGUAGGGAAUCCCCAACUCUGCCCUCUUAACAUCUUAUUCUACAUGACAACUCUCAAGGUACUUACAGAUCUGUUUAACCCACUUGAAAAAAAAACACUAAAAAUGAAGAAAUGCUGUAAGUAUAAUCUAUGAUUUUAUUUGUAAAUUCUAUAUUAAAAUGGAGUUAUAGGCAACAUUCUUUCAUUCUGUAAACUAAUUCCAUUUGCAUUCCUCAUAAGCAUUGUAGCAAAUUGUUUGAUCAUAUUACAUAUACUAAGGAAUGAGAUUAUAUGCAAUAAACCCAACUGGAAGAUUAACAAUAUUAAAACAUGAAACAUUUUUAAGACAAAGGCAUUACUUCUCAGUAUUACCAAACCUAAACUGGAUGAAGGUGAAAGUGUGCUAUGGCCUUUUCAAGCCUAAGAAGUCUCUCUUACUGAGUAAACCAGAGGCUUGCAUCAUUAUUCUUUCACCUGUCAAUUAAUAAGAAAAUAGUCUCAUCUCACUUAAAUGAGGCAAAUGUAAUAGUUAAAAUUCAACAUACUUGUAAAAAAACUAGUGUCAUGUACCUGCCAUGAACAUGACAAAAGGUUAAUCUUUAAUAGACUGAAAUGUAUAAGAGAAGAACCAAGUCUUACAUGGAAAAAAAAGGUAGGUAUGAAAAGAAAAAUCACAGAAGAGAAAAUGCAAAUGACUACUAAGUAUAUGAAAAAAGUCCUAUCUUAACAGCGAUCACCUGUGUUCGUCUGUAUCAAUCAGAAGAGAGAAACAAGGCAGUAAUUUAAACAGGGAAAGUUUAAUAUAAAUAAUAAUUAAGCUAUGAUAG